CUAUAGUUGCAACAUGAAGUACUUCGUUUUUAUUGGAAUUAUAGCUCUGUCGGCUGUUAGCCAGGCCCAAAAUGGCCGGUGGCAAGGAGAUUUGCAUGGAUUGUCCGGCCACAGGGGUUCAGGAUUGCCUGGAUUGUCCGGACACAGGGGUUCAGGACAGCCAGGAUUGUCCGGCCACAGGGGUUCAGAACAGUCUGGUGAAGCAGGAGCACCAAGUUAUGAUUAUUUCAGUCAACCUGGAUUAUCUGGAAGCAGGCGUCAUGGCCAACGAGAUCUUGAAGUUGAAGAUUCCCGGCCAGCGCGUAGUUUAGAUCCCCUCAACUCGGUACCUGAAUGGAAUGAAAAUGAUGAGGACGAUCAUGAAUUUGGUCCAUACCGAAAACCCCAAGAUAAUCAACAAGAUAGGCGCAGACCACAGCGUUCCUUUGAUUCAUUUUACUCGGUUCCAGAAUGGAAUGAAGACAAUGAGGCCGACCAAGGCUACAGAAAACGACAAGAUAACCAACAAAAUAGGCACAGAGCACAACCACAACGUCCCUUGCAUCCACACUACUCCCAUCCAGAAUGGGAGGAAGAAGAUGAGGGGGACCAACAAUUCGGACGUUACCGUAAACCACACGACAAUCAACAAGAUAGGCGUAGGGGCAAAGCACAACCACAGAUGCGCUUGCAUCCAUUCAACUCACAUCCAGAAUGGGAAGAUGAAGAUGAGGGCGACCAACAAUUCGGUCCCUACCGAAGACCUCAAGACAAUCAACAAAAUAGACGUGGUGAAAGUCGUCCAAUCCGUUCAAACGGUGAUGAACUCUCCUCAGAUGAUCAGCUUGCUUCCUUCUUUGGUUUCCCAGCUGGGGAUGUUCCCGAAGAUUUAAAAAAUUUCGUCAGACUUUUCUCAGGACCAAACAACGAUUUCGGAGGUAACAAUCAGUUUGAAGAAGAUUAGAUGAUAAUGACGAAUCAUCAUCUACCUCUUCAGCUGCUGAGGAAUAAACAAGUCCAUAUAUAUUUUAUAUGUACAUACUUUGGAAACUAUGGUCAUAAAUAAUACCAAUAAACAAACAAUGAAUAACUUGAUUAAAAUACAAUUUUCAUAUCAGCAAUUAA